UAUCCACACUUAUUGCAGUUUUCUGCAAUUUUACAGAUACGUGUUAGUGUGUGCAACCGAGAUACACAACAUUGAAGUUGGAUGUAUAUUAUUAUAAUUAUGAAAGAGUAGUUUAUUGAGUUCACCAAGUCAUCGUGCAUUCACUUGAUCUCCUCUCGGUGCCACGGUAGCACAUGGCAUACCAGGAACGUUAUUUUUUAAAUAAAAUCUACAAUAUUUUUUUUAGUGUGAUAAUGUAGUUAGAAUAGUAAUUGUCAAUUCAAUUAUUUAAAUUCACAAUCUGCUGCAGUGACAGUGACUGUGAAUUAUUCGUAGUUAUAAUUUAAAAGUUCAUUAUUAAUUCUCUGCUGUAUAAUUUAUCAAGUUUUACUUAUAAUACGUGAAAGUUAUUUAAUUUUUAUGUUACCGUUAUAAAAAUACACAUUUUUUCUUUUUCUUUUAUAAAUAUAUUUAUAUGAAAAAUUUUUAUAAAUAUUUUAUUUAAUGUUUAUAUUGUAAAAAUUAUUUAUUGCUCGUUAUUUUAAUAAUUAUGUCUAAACAUAAUAAUGAAAAUUCAAUUGUUGACGUAAUAAGAGUUGGAUCACGUAAAAGUGAGCUGGCUCUAAUCCAAACUAACCAUGUAAUCGAUUGUUUAAAAGAUUUGUACCCAAAAAAAAAAUUUGAGAUAGUGACAAUGAAUACAAGAGGUGAUAAAAUAUUAGAUAUAUCACUGCCUAAAAUUGGGGAGAAGGCAUUAUUUACUCAAGAAUUAGAGAUAGCUUUAGAGCGUGGACAUGUUGAUUUUGUAGUGCAUUCAUUAAAAGAUUUACCUACCACAUUACCUCCUGGCAUGGCGUUAGGAGCAAUUAUGAAACGAGAAGAUCCAAGAGACGCAGUCGUAAUGUCAAAGCGAAUGUCUGACAAAACACUACACACUUUACCAUCAGGUAGUGUAAUUGGUACGAGUUCACUGCGAAGGUCAGCACAACUAGCCAGAAGCUUACCACACUUAGAAGUACGUAGCAUCAGAGGGAACUUAAACACACGUUUAAAAAAAUUAGACGACAAAGACGGGCCAUUUGCAGCAAUAAUAUUAGCAAUUGCUGGAUUGAAAAGAAUGGGCUGGGAAAACCGGAUAAGUGAACUAAUGGAGUUACCUAACGAGGAGAUAUUGUAUGCAGUCGGUCAAGGAGCACUAGGAAUCGAGUGUCGUGAGUCUGAUUGGAAGAUUCUUUCAAUUUUAGAACCACUAGCGGAUGUAAAUACUACUUUGCAGUGUGUCUGCGAAAGAUCUUUUUUAAAAACCCUGGGUGGUGGUUGUUCGGCACCUGUUGCAGUCGCUUCAUCUUUAAUUGACGACGAUCUGUCAAUGACCGGUGCUGUUUGGUCUCUCGACGGUGAAACUCUGAUAAAGGAUACACUUUCGACGAAACUUUACCACCAAGAUGAUGACGACAAUGACGACGAGCCGCCGAAAAAAUGCUCUUUUUUAGAACCCCGACUUUAUUGCAGUGCUUCUCCAGGUAAAAUGAAUGAAACGAGUCUUCUUAGUGCUGAGAAACUCGGCAAAGAGGUGGCUAAUAAGUUAAUUGAUAAAAACGCAUUAGAUGUUAUGUCAAGGGCUAGGGAUGAAAUAUUACGGUCUUAAUAAAAUGGGUGUUUAUUUAGGGAAAUAUUUAUAUAAAUAAUAUAUUAUAAGUGUUCAAUUAAUUUUAAAAGCACAACCGACGGUAUAGUUUUUUACCAUGUUGUUAUAUAUCAUUGAUCACGAUGUGAUGCGGCUAUUUUAUUAAUUGAAUUUACGUACGUAACUUAUCUUCCAAACUUAGACGAAUAAAUAAAUUUUAUUGUAAACAUCAUGGACUAAAUAAUGUCUGUGAUGAUUGCAAUGUAAUAUAUUAAUCAGGAUAUAAAAAAAUGCUGUAAAUAUGUAGCAGAAAGAAUUUAUAGUAUAUUGAUCGUUAUUGAUCAAUUUGUUAAUAAACAAAAAUGAAUUUACAAAUUAAA